AUGGUUGGAACAUGGUUGUCAACUGUGAGCAGGGCUCUUAAAAAUAUUGGACUUAGUUUGAAAAAGAUGCAUGUAAUAGCUUAUCAAAGGAAUGAGUAUYCAAGAGCUCAUUAUAGAAGGAUUGUAUCUCAAGUCAAACCACACCAAUUCCUAUUUCUUGAUGAGUCAAGCAAGGAUGAUCGAACGUUACAGAGAAAAUUUGGUCGUUUCCUCAUAAAUAAAAGAUCAAAUAAAAUUGGAAGAUAUACACGUGGGGCUAGAUACAGUGUCCUUGCUGCCAUAUCAUCAGCUGGUGUAAAGGCUGCUCAUACCAUUACUGGUYCUUUUGAUCAAAGAAACUUUGAAUUUGCCAUGYAACYAUUUGUCUUGCCUCAUAUUGGCUCGUUUUAUAAAGGAGAGGAGUGUUCUGUUGUGGUAAUGGACAARUGUAGUAUUCAUURUUCAUCCAAUCUAAUAGAACAAAUUCAUUCAAAGGGAGGAUUUGUUAUUUUUUUGKCGCCCUACUCACCUGAUAUGAACCCAGCAGAAGAGGCAUUCAGUAUUGCUAAGAGAUGGAUCAAACGCAACCAAGAUAUUUGCAUGAAAUACCCUAAAAGGUGUUUUGAAGUUGCUUUACACCAGAUACCAGUGCAGCAUUGCAAACAUCUUUUAGAGGAUUGCGGCUAUGUUUGGACAUUUCCCUAUUUAAAUCCAUAAAUCACCUUUAAUAUCUGUUAAAUUAAAAAUGUGAAAUUUUUAAGAACUUUUUUAUUAUUGCAUUAUUAUUAGAUGUGGAAUUGAACCACAAAUCAUCAAAUCAGAAUAAGUCCAUCUAAUAUACGACAGUCCUUAACAAUUUGUUGUUUACAGAUAUAAAAAGGGAUUUACAGAUCUAUUUGGAGGAAUUAUUGUGAUACAUAC